UCAUUCUGUUUACGACAAAACUGGUGGGUGUACGUCACUGCCAGCCUCACCUUCAGGAUAUAAAGGUGGAUGAGAUGGCCAGGUGAUGCUUGUGGACAUGCGGGUGUUGGUGGGUGUGGUGUGGGUGGGCGUAGUGACUCUCACCCACGCCCACAACAUCAGGCAGGACCCACACCUUGAUCCAAACAUGCAAGACACCUUAUAUCCUCAACAGGAUGAAGGUGACGGUCUCCCUGAAUUGAGUGACCACCUGGCUCUUGAGUUGCAGGGGGAGGAACAGCAAGCCAGGCAAUUAGCGGAGAAGUACAACCUCCACUAUAUACGCCAGGUGUUCAUGAACCCGUCAGUCUACCACCUGCACAGACCAGUGAGCACCAACAGGCGGCUACGGACACCAGACCUUGACCUCCUCCAGCUGAUCUCAGAAGAACCCGGGGUGAGGUGGGUUGACCAGCAAGCAUCACUCAUCAGAGAUAAGAGAAGAUUAGUACUAAAGAGAACAUUCGAGGACCCACCUGAUGACGAUGUGAGACUCCUCAAAACACGAAGGAGACCCACUUACCACAGCAUCCCGGCAGAUGUCCGCAACUCAAGAUCCGCCUUAGAUGAAAUGCUGAAAAGAAGUGUAGAAGAGACGAACAGAAGAGAAUUACAUUGGAAUGGAAGAAAAUAUAUUGAUGAGUGGGAACAGGAGGAAGAGGAGAUAGAGGUAAAUGGAUACCCAACUGCAGGAAGACAAGAUAGUGGAGGUGGUCUACACGAGAGGAACCUCCAGAGAGACUUGAUAAGAGUUCCACUCAGUCUCAACAUUGGGAGUUCUGUUGACUUGGCCAGAUCUAGGCUCGGAGUGUCUCAAGCAGCUCACGAACACAGUCUACGAUCAUAUGUGAGUGAUGAAACAGUUUAUCCACGCGAGAACAAUAUUCCCUCCGCCAUGAACGCUGACGUGACCAGGAGAAUCGGAGACCGUGGAGGUAAACAAAAUGAAAGUAGAUUGAGGUUAAAAUUACAAAACAGAGGAGGAGGUGGAAAAUGGGAAAGCAAUCUGGCAACAACAACAUUUAAUGAUCCGUACUUCAAGGAUCAAUGGUAUUUGCACAACACAGGUCAAUUGGGCCAUAAAGGACCGGAUUUGAAUGUGACCUGGGCUUGGCUUCGAGGCUUCACUGGCCGUGGUAUCCAUAUUUCAAUCUUGGACGAUGGAAUCCAAACCACGAAUGCGGAUAUUGCAGCCAACUAUGACCCUGACGUGAGCUACUCGGUGGUACAUGAUGGUCAGCCGCUGGACGACCCAUCCCCGAGGAUAGAUCCCAGCUACUCCAACUCUCACGGUACUUAUUGUGCUGCUAUAGUGGCCGCCGUCCCUAACAACUCCGUGUGUGGUGUUGGAGUCGCUUUUGAGGCGAGGAUUGGAGGCGUGCGUAUCGUGGAUGGGACAGUGACGGACAUACAAGAAGCAACAGCUAUUUCCCGCCACAUCGAUAAACUUGACGUGCUCAGCGCUUCUUGGGGACCGACAGACAACGGUGCCAAGGUAGAGGGUCCUGGCAAGCUAACUAAACAAGCAUUCCUUAAGGGCAUCGAAGAGGGUCGAAGAGGGAGAGGCGUGGUGUAUGUGUGGGCGUCUGGAAAUGGCGGGUUGAUGGGCGACAACUGUAACUUGGAUGGCUACACGUCCUCCAUAUACACUCUGUCAGUGUCAGCUCUCACGGAAAAGGGCAUCUCCCCAUUCUAUGGAGAGCCUUGUUCGUCAACCCUGGCAUCUGUUUUUGUAGGUGGUGACCAGUUCCUUGAAGUUGCCAAGGAACGAAAACGACAUAAUGGCAAGCAACUGAGGGUGGUGGUGCCAGAGCUGGAUGGACACUGUAGUGAAUCAUUCCAGGGGACGUCAGCUGCCGCUCCUCUUAUGGCAGGGAUCGUGGCACUUGUCCUUCAGGCUAACCCGAACCUUACCUGGCGUGAUGUACAACACCUGGUAGUAGCGACAACGACCCCUAGCGACGAAGCCCUGAAGGAGGAAGGAUGGCAAACCAACGCUCGGGGCAAGAAGUUCAAUCUGAGGCAGGGUUUUGGAGCCGUAGAUGCUGGCAAGAUGGUUGAGGCUGCCACCAAAUGGAGGAAUGUUGGACCUCAGCAAACAGCUAUACUUUUUAUGCUUCAUGGUUUUAGGAACAUGCAACCUAACACUUGGCUUAACAUCACAGAGAAAUUGGAUCUCUCUCGCGUUCCAUCAGAAGUAAGAAUGACUGGGGUAGAACACGUGGUCGCUAAUGUCACUAUCAUUCACCCUCAGAGAAGCGGACUGGUGAUCUUCAUAGUGUCACCAUCAGGUACUACAUCGCAGUUGCUGACUCACCGUAGCAGCGACAAGAGCACUUUAGGCUUCACGUCCUGGGGUUUCAUGUCUGUACACUUGUGGGGGGAAGAACCGGCAGGCACCUGGACUGUGGCCAUCAAGGACAGCUCCGGAAAACCAGGCUACCUGAAGAAGGUCGAACUCACAGUUUAUGGCUCUUGAGAUAUGUUAAUCUGGUAUUGUUAAUUGUUGAUAAUUUUAAUAUAGUUUCAUUUUUCUUGUGUGAUUCAUUGAAGGAAAUACUCAGUUUUUCUGUUGUUCCUGAUACCUGUGUGAUAAGAGAAGUUUAAGAUGUUUUGUGGUCACUGGUCUUCAUAGCUAGACCUCCGACAGGCCUUGUUAAAAAGACCAGAAAGGGCAUAGGUACAGUAACAUCAAAAGCUAGCAACUGCCAAACUAAAAUCUAAUUAUGACACAUCAUGACUAGUGCUUGAGGGGAGGGAAAACUUUGUCAUUAUUGUGAUGUUUGUGGCAGUAGUUGUAGGAGGAACACCUCUACCGGGCCUCCCUGUGUCAAGGGCCUAAUGCCUGUCAGUGAGGACUUCUGGGAUGAUGUAAGCGAAUGUUUACAAACUGGUGUGGUGAACAGGUUCUCCCACAGUGUGGUGAACAGGUUCUCCCACAGUGUGGUGAACAGGUUCUCCCACAGUGUGGUGAACAGGUUCUCCCACAGUGUGGUGAACAGGUUCUCUCAUAGUGUGGCAACUUGAGAAGUUUGUGAAAAUGGAUUCCGUAAACCUGACAGUCUGUUAGGGGAGGAUACAACACACUGAAUAAUAAAUCUACAGUAAGAGUUACCAAUAUCACUGUACCUGAUGUUUUCACUUAUCCAACUGCAAAAUUAGGUACCAACUCACAGGAAGGUCAUUUGAGGAUACCCUGGGUGAGGUGACCUUUAGGACAAAGUGUGUGUUGUAUCCACUAAACUAUCAUGCUACUAACAACUUUACUAACUAUAUUUGGUCCUCACUAUUUGGUUGUUUUGAUCUUGUAUAUCUUGCCUAACUUAUAUCUACUCAUGAUUGUUUCAAUAUCUUGCUAUACUUUACCUAACUAACUUUAUCUUGAUUGAAUAAUAAUUAAUUCGAUUUUCACCUCUUUUAAAAGUGACCUAACCUAAACUAACCUCUUUUAGAAAUCAUUAUAUUCUUCCUUAGUAUCAUAAUACAGUAUAUAACAAUUCAAUCUCAAGACAAUCUCUCUCUGAUCUUUGUUAUUUUUAAAUUAAUGUUAUCUCUAAGAAAUUUUAUUAUAUUUAUAAUAUUUA